UCAAUUGACCGACGUAUCGAUUUGUGUGUUUCGCACUGGGAUGCACCUUCAAGAUAAGAUUUAGUAGUCAAGUCUGCAAUAAUCUGAUAACCAUUGAGGGGACAUCAAAACGGAUACGACACCAACAUAUCAGGCCUCGGGCAACUUGGAUUUACCCUUCAGACAGUGGCAAAACAGUGUUCUUCGAACAGGUGCCCGCUAGUGAGGCGGAUUUGACAGCAGCUGACAGUGAAGAAUUUGUGAAACGUGGGCAAUUCAGCCGUGUAGUCUUUUCAAGUGACGCGCGCCCUUGGACAUUUUGCCCUCCGAAAUGGUUAGGCAGCCAACACGGAAUGAUUCAUACCAAUUUUGAGGAAUUGGAUCACCUUAGAACCAUGGGCAACGGCUGAGUCUUUGAGGAGGGCUUCUGUAUAUUUGACAGUUGCAACGGUUGUAACAGGUGGCUGGCAGUGUAUAUACAGUCCACUAUUGUUUACAGUGGGUGACCCCCGCUAGGGUCAGCCCUUCCGCUGUAGUACUGCUGUCACCGUGUAGAUUGUAGUUUAUUCGUUACAUUAUGGUCCUGGUGUCAACAUGAUGUCCUUCAUGUCUAAGAAAAAGAAGUAUAAAUUUCAAGUUACCCUAGUUGUAGAAGAACUAUCAUCAAUGACAUUCCCAAAUGGAAUAUUCUUUGCCAAAGUCAGACUGCAUGAAGGAGGGAAUUUCUUGGAUCACUCUUCUCGGGAGACCGUUCGGAACAACAGCGUCAAGUGGAACUCCAAGUUCCCCUUCACUUGCAAGAUGAUGGCCAACGCUACAACGGGGCUGCUGGAGUCUUGUAUAUGUCGGGUGUCUGUACGCAUGGAGGUCCGAGGCGGCAGAUCCCAUCAGAAGCUGGGCUUCGUGGAUCUGAAUCUAGCUGAGUUUGCGGGGUCUGGGCAGCAAACCCGACGCUUUCUGUUGGAAGGCUACGAUGACAAGCACAGGGUAGACAACUCUACGCUGACUGUCUCCAUCGAGAUGCUGCUUAUAUCCGGCGAUCCUGUCUUUAAAGUGCCUAUCAAAGAAAGCCUUAACGUGCCGGAGAGCAAGGAGGGACAGUCGGCGGAGUGCCGCCUCGGGGACGAGUGCAGCGAGGGCAGCCUGGCCUCCAACAGCAGUGGCUUUGGGAGUCUACCGCGGAAAGAAAAGUCCAGUACAAUUACCAGAGAUCAAUCCGACCCAGAAUUUAUUCGCGAGAAGGAGUUUGAGAAGGGCCACUCGCGGAGUUCUAGUUAUGCAAGCCAGCAUUCCCGGGGUUCAGGGUACGGCUCUCUCACGCACAGUAGGCAGUCGAGCGCCGGCAACGAGAUCUCUAGCACUCACGUCAGCCUGCCAACAAUGCAUCUUCCAGAUACAGCGUCUACUCCGAAAUUUCAGCGUUGUAACUUCCUAACUCCGAGCACGGGGUCAUCGCUAGAGUGGAAAGCGGAGCGGCGGAGAGUGAGUCAGCAUAAACUAGAGGACUCUGGGAAGGAGCUGCGGGUGGACCAGACGCGUGUGAAUGCCGAGGCUCUGGUGGAUGAACUUCUCGAGGGGACAGAUCUCGGACCGGUGGAAAAGGAUGAAGAAUCUUCACAAGGUCUUCAGCUGAUAGUUGGGAAAGAUGGAACCACUGCCCUCUGGUGACAAAACUCCCAAUGUGAAUUGUCUCCCUUCUCGCCAGAUUGGUAACUUCAUGCAUUGACCUUCAAGCAACGAUAUCGCUGCCAUUGUGAAGACCUCAUCCCCAUCCAGAUGGCAUUUUAACACUUCAGACUUUGUAUAUACCGGGGAACAAGCUAGGAAGAUGGCAUUUUACAAUGUGGAUAUUUUUUACAACUGUCUUAUUUUAUAACUGAAAUCCAUCUCUGUAUGAGGGUGUUCUGUGAUGUUUUCAUGUCAGCAUAUGUUCUCUCAUUGUGGAUACUUCAAUACCCAUGGAUGCCGAAAUGCAGGGUAGUAGAGAUGUGGGUCUAGUUCAAGUCGAGCGUUGAAAUAGAGACUUGUGUAACUGUAGCCCAUUGAAGUCAAACAAGCUCUUUGUACACUGAAUUUUGUGAGAACCGUUGCCUGAUAUUGACACCAACAUUAGAAAUUGGCACUAGUCUUAUUGUCCUUGCCAAAGUGCCCAAUAGUUAAGGUAUCAUAAGGACUAGUAGAAAUUUGCCAUUUUUAAGGGUUUUGCUUUAUGUUAACAUAAUAAGGACUUGGGGACUAAAACUGUUAGUUUCUAAUGCUGUUGACACAGUUCAUGGCUGCAUGGCUGUAGUGCAUGUUUCAUGAGAAAUAUUGCCGUUGUUAUCUGAGCUCUCAUAGGUCAGAGCACUGGUUUUCCUAUCAUUGGAGCCAGAUCAUGACUUGAUUAAUGGUUAAAAAUAGCAACUACAGUUCAAAGCGGCCAUUGUUUUUAAAGGUGAUGGAGGAACGUAUGUAUGCAGAACCGUGAAGUGUUGACAAUGUUUAUAUCUGUUACUGUCUGCUGCAUAUGCUAGCGCCGAUGGUCUCUGAUCCGUUAGUUCGCCAUGUUCCAUAUUCAGUUUGAUUUUUUGAACAGUAACAUUGAAAUGUGAUUGAGAAAAUAAUUUUUUCUCCAACGGUAUACUUUGUCAGACAACAUCGAGGCGUUUCAGAUGUCCAACCCGGCCUACUUCAAAUAAGUAGUUGAAUUAAAGUUAAAUUUCCCAACUUGGAAUUAAAUAUAAUUCAGGUUAGCAUAAUUAUGACUAGUGCUAUAUCUUUUAAGUGUGACUUGUAUGCUGAUAAAGAGGAAGAUACUUUUCAUUAUUGGAUUCAAUGCAUUGCUAAAAUUUAAGAAAAUAAUAGCUUAAAAAUAUCUCAAACUAACAAUGCCUUUUCCCUUUUGCCUGACACGGGCAGUUGAUUGAAAUCCUAGAUUAAUCUCUUGAUGAGUCAAACCUCAUUAGAUCUAACCCUUAAACUCCUUAUAUAGAACAAUGUCAUUAUUUCAUCCGGGAGCAAUCUCAAUAAUAUGGUGUAGUAAUGACACUCUACUGGCUUGGCUCACCCGUGAUGUAAAACAUAUGGAAAAAAAAUUCUUUUAGAAUUUCAGGAACGGAAUAUUUUUUAAAAACCAUCUCAACCCCUUAGCCUAAAAUAAGGUGUGUGUCAGCCACCGAGGCCUGACCCAGAUACAGUUUCAGAGCAUGGCACUAAUGUGGUCAGGGGCCACGGGUGCCCAAGUUGUCUAAGGCACUGCGAUUCAUUGUGCAGAGUUGCGUCCCUUGUGCACGCCAGAACCCCAUGAUUGUUGGUUCGAAUCCUGGUUCGCCCCGAUCAUGUUUCUAGGUUUGUCAGCACCAUA